UGGACGCACCGGCUGGUUGGGAGCGAGCUCUUACAGAACGUUUUCAUGGUGUUUUUCCGGAUGCUCCGGAUCCGGUAUGGGAGCAUCACGGACCUAAGUAUGAGUGGUUGCUAAAUUUCCGGGUAAUUUCCCCUACCUAUUAUCUUCAAGUUAUCGUGCAUAAAGUUUUACAGAAAAUAAUUGCGGCUUACUAAAACUUUCUCUUCGCUUAAUGCAGAUCCAGAACUUCCGGGCGCCGUUGACUGCGGAACAGAUCACUCGGAGCCUGGAGGCCUACUUACUGUGGCUUUUCGGCAAGGUGAUGUUCACGGAGAACCAUGUCACCACUAUUAGCGCCCUCUACAUCCCUAUGGCACUCGAGAUAGCGAGCGCUCAGACGGCGGAUCAGAUCAGACAGAGGAGUUGGGGUUCGGCGGUCUUAGCGGCUACAUACCGAGGUAUGUGCAACGGUUGCCAGCUUACAUCGAGAAAGCCAGCCCUUCUUGGAUGCCCUCUAUUCCUACAGCUGUGGUCGUGGGAGAGGUUCUCUAUAGGGCGACCAGAUGUACGUGUUCAUGAGCCUAUAGACGCCAUGUUUGAUGUUGACGGCAUCGACAUGCCUACUUUCGGUCUGUGUUGGACUCGUCGCGAGGUAUGCACCGUGUUGUAGUUUAAUGCAACUUUUUCUGCAGAAGAGAUAGUUCGAUGCUAGCGGCUACUAACUUUUCUUCUCUGCAGAGACGCUUUGCUAGUGAUCAGACCAGGAAGGCAUACACAGCAUUGAACGAGCAGUUCGAUGCGUACACCGGGGUCAUCUGGCAGCCCUACACGGAAGCAGCCAUACAAGCGAGAUACCCUGCUGGUAUGUCUGUGCUAUGCACAAGGGACCGAGAUUACUGGAUGACAAAAUCUAAGAUCAUCUUCGAUGUCUUCGUCGAGGAGAUGGCACAACAGAGGGUUAUGAGGCAAUUUGGUCAUCUGCAGUUGGAGCUACCUCCCCCUAUAGAGAACCCGCUGCCAGCACACAUCCACAGGACGACAAGGAAGGGCAUGAACAGGACAACUGCUGACUGGCUAGUUAGACUAGAGCCGUAUGUUAUAGAAUGGGAGACAACAAACACAAAUCUAUGGCACGAGAAUCACAAUUUCGAUCUCGAUGAAUUCAAUCUCUAUUUGCGGCGCUACAUGACCGGAACACGGUUACGCAUUGUUGAGUACUCCCACCCAGAGGAGAUACCGGAUCCUACUCCGUCGGAUAUGUACCCGAGCUAUGAUACUUCCGGUUCUAGGCAGUACGCGGCUACCUUGACACGCGAACUCUACGACGACGUGACCACCUUUGGACGAUCACUAUCGUCUGGACCUCUUCUUCAGCAUCGUCCAGUG